UAUUUUUACCAAUGGAGCACCUACUGAUACAAGUAUUUUUAAUUACGUUCUUGCCGCACCACCAGGCAAUGCGUCUAGGCGAUUCUCAAGACCAAGGUAUGUUGAUUCCCCAUGCUGAAGGUUGCCCGCUAAUAACCCCUUUAUCUGGAUGCCAGGGGAAAAUAGUAUUUGGUGAACGAAGUACAUCUGGCGAAUACAACACUGUUGGAAGCAUAAUACACGUGUGGAACUCCUAUUUUCUUACUGGUGACUAUAUGUAUUGUCAGUUAAAUGGCAAAUACAACGCCACAUCGGACUGUGCAAAAGUUAGUACAGUUGGAUGUGAUGCACCUUCAAAACCAUUACAGAUGCACUUGCGUGUAAGUCCAAAAGAUCAGCGGAUUUCUGUCGGACAGGUUUUGUACUUCUAUUGUGAUGACAAUGGUUACAAUUUGGCUGGUACUCACACGCUAACUUGCAUAAAUUCAAGUCUUUGGAGUGACAAGAUACCGACUUGUAAAAUGAAAAAUGAAGGAUGCGAAUAUCCUGGCAGUUUUGAUAAUGGGUAUUAUCUAGAUUCAAACAAGAAUAUCUACUACUCUGGAAUUAAACCAGUUAAUGAAGUUAUCGAAGCGAAUUGUGAUGACAAAUUUUCAUUACAUAAUCAGCAUGUAUUAAGAACAUGCCAGAGUGACGGUUUUUGGACUGGACGGAAACCAAAUUGUGUUUCAGUAACCUGCAAUCCACCAACACCACCCCAAAAUGCAUUCUACACAUUUACUAACGGGAGUCGAUAUACACAUGGAAAAACGUUUUUGGGAACCAAUAUUUAUCUUAAAUGUGUGGAAACGUUUUAUUCAAUUGGAAUCAUCUACAGUGUGUGUCAGUCUGAUGGAACAUGGUCUAAUCUCAAUCACUCGUGCAAGAAUGUUACAUGCAAGGGACCUACGUAUGUUACCAAUGGUGACUAUUAUACAAGUAGUAACAUUAAAUAUACAGAGUCUUCAGUGUUUCAAAUAAAUGACACUAUUUUUGUAAAAUGCGAUACUAGCUUUACUCUAAAAACACGUGCGCAGCGACAGUGUAUACUUAGUGGCAACUCUGGAAAGUGGAGUGGAGAAGAUCCUGUGUGUUCUCCAGUUGCACAUACUGGUAUACGUCCAAGCUCACCAUAUAGAGCGGAUAAUACUCGACGCAAAAAUUUAUUAAAACUUCACAAAUGUUGGUUAAAUACAACCAGAGUUAGUAGAAUCAAAACCAGUCAAAAAUUAUGUACUUGGGUAUUGUUUUCCACUGAUAGAAUUUGCUAUAAUUGCAUUUUAUUUUUCCAGGAUCACAAAGGUGUGCUUGAAGAAGAAGACUUCUCUGUACUGGUUGAUUUGAGUAGCCAUAAAUCAAGUGUUGAUGGGAUAAAGGACAUUACAAACACAGUUGGUAGGAAGAAUGUGAAACAUGGUCGUGUGCUUGGUGACAUCAGCAAUACAGUGUGUUUAAAGCCAUCUCCAACAAAGAAAUCGAGAAGAUCAAAGACUGCAGAAGGUAGUACUAAGACAGAACCUGUCGAAACAAGAUCCAUUGAAACACAGACAGAGGAAACUUCUUUUGUUCAGCCCCCAGUAGUAUUCAGAUCUGACCAUACAUACUCGCGUGUACAAAAAAUGUCCACUCCAGCAAAAACAACUGCUGAACCAAUGGAAUUAGACAUUAGUGCAGUUAACAGUUUAUCUUUUGUCAGUGAAGACACUGUGACAUUAAAUGUAGAUACAGAUCAAAAUUCCUCUUCAGAUUCAUCUUCCGUCUCCCUCACGUACAAGGACAAUGAAAGGACUGAUCCGAACUACAUGCAGUCUUCCAGUUCCAGUGACGAGUCAAUCACAGAUUUAAAGGACCAGGACAUUACAGACCGAACAUUUUUAGUGUUUGGCUCAUCACUGGAACAGAUAUUUAGUUUAGUGUUAUGUAUUUAUUGUGGCGCUUCAAGUAUGGUUACGCAGGUUGCUGCUUGGGGAACCAGGUUGAUUGUUGAAUUUCAAUGUAUUAAGAACCAUGACUUUACAUGGAAGUCACAGCCUGAUGCUGGAAAAUAGGCUGCAGGAAAUGUAAUAGCGUCUGCAGCGGUACUGUUCAGUGGAGCAGCUUUUAGCCAGGUGAAACGUCUAACUGAUCUGAUGAAAAUGACCUUCAUUAGUGAAUCAUCAUUUUCAAGAAUCCAAGAUAGUGUUCUUGUGGGUGUGAUUAACAGUAUGUGAAAACAACAUCAGGAGGAAAAUUUACGCAAACUCAGAGGAUUGACAGUAAUUGUGGCAGGUGACGGUCGUUGCGAUUCACCUGGAUUUAGUGCUAAAUAUGG